AUUUCGUGAUCAAGCUACUCCUCGUUCCGAUAUGGCUUCGUCCAAGAAAUCAGCAAACGCGCACUUCCAGUUGCUCAAGCUGUCGACGCAGAUCAAGUUGGGGGAACUCACCAAGCACGAACGCAAGCUGGAGACGUACUACACAGAGCUACUUGCCAAAACAAAGCUGGACGGACACAAGCCUGCAGCCCAAACGAGCGCUAAGCAGUCUCGAGAGCAGUUGGACGGUCUGUAUGAAGGCGUGAAGGACCUGCAGGUCGUGCAGACCUAUGUACACGACGGGCUUGAGAGCAUCGGAGAGCUGGUCGAGUUCGCAGCUGCUGACCCUUGGAGCACGGAGACGGUGGUCGAGCAGCGUAAGCAGCAGAUUCUACGCGAAAUUCGUCAGCGUCGUAGUCUCUGGCAACACAAUAAAUUGUUGGGGGAGCUGCUCAUGGAGUCGCUCGUGGAGACGGAGCACGAUCAAGAGGACGGCGAGCUGGUACGUUCUCAAGACAGUGAACCUGAAUCCACUACCGACAUUGGCAACAAGGAACCACUUGCAAAACUGUCGAGGGAGGAGACGCAACAGCGUCUAGAGUCGUAUUUCUUCCGGAGCAGCGGAGUGUCGGAAGACGACGUGUUGGAGUUCCUGAAGACCGAAGUGUUCCAGGAACGUGAGGAGUUCUCCAAAGCCAAAACGCAGCGCCAACAGGAAGCGUUGCAGCUCGCACGUAGUCGUUUGGGUCAGUUUGGUGACAGCAUGCUACGUGGAGACUCCCCUGUCACGGAAGAAGAUGUGUCGAGCUGUGUAGCGGCAUUGCUCAAGGACAAAGCUUUUCUCAAUCCCGACGUGGUGGUUUUGCUCACUGAUGCGCAGAGCAAUAAGCAGAUAAUGAAGGAGCUUUCGCAUGUUCUGACAAUCGAACUUAGCAACGUGAGCGAGUGGCGCUGGCCUGAACACGGUGUUCGAGUGGAUAUCCAACGUGGUAUGAACGGACGAUUCCGUUGUCUGCUACAAGAAGAGGCGAUCACACUGCUGCUCUUCCAUGACAAGCCACACGUGCGUGGAACUUCGUCGGUGGAGUCUAUCCGGGCCGAUAUGAUACGACGAUUUCAGUUGUUCGCUCUACCAAGCAGCAUGAAAGACGGUGGCCGUAGUCCAUAUGAUGAAGACGAUUCAGUGUCUGACGAUGAAGAAGAGCAGGAAGCGAAGGGCAACAAACAGGAUAUUAUUCGACGUGUGUUGGUUGAGGCGCAUCUCCAACAAACACUAACACCCGACGACAAGGAUCCAUCACCUUUGGUGGCUGUCAUGACGGAUCUCGAGUUCUUUGGCCCAUCUGUUGCACACGAAGCUGUGUUCGCGAUCUUAGGCUUCUUGGGGGUACGCGACGACAUGAUCGACGUAUUCCGACGAUACACUCAUAUCCCGCUACUCUUCCCUGGUUUCACAACGCCUAAAAUCAUGCAACGAGGCUUGCCUGUUAGUCGAAUGAUGACGAUGUUUCUCGCCGAGGUGGAGUUGUUCGUGAUGGAUUACAUGGUGCUCGUUUCGUCGGGCAUUUUCCUGUACCGGUCACAUGACGACAUUUGCUUCUUUGACGCAGACGAGUCGAAGGUGUUGAAAGCUUGGAGUGAGAUGCAACGAUACGCACAGCAAGUGGGGCUAAAAUUCAACGAAGAGAAGAGUGGAUCGAUUCGGAUAUACGCCGGAUCCAACAAGACAGAAGCCGAGGUAGCGUCAGCCCCACUACCAGCGACUCCAAUCCGAUGGGGUCUUCUCGAGUUGCGAUCGAACGGAUCCGUUCACAUCCGUCAAGACGAAACGGAGGCAUUUGCUACCGAAAUGGCUGACCGACUGGCCGCUGCUACAUCAACGUUCGGGUGGAUCAACGUGUACAAUAAGUACAUGUUCUUCUUCCUCCGUAACUUUGGGAACCCGUCGCCCAUAUUCGGUCUAAGUCACGUGGAAGACGCUUUAUCAGCACUUCGCCGCAUUCACACACUGGUGUUUCCGAAGACGAAGGGCGAUGCUUUAGGCGACCUACGUGAGCAGAUCAUGCGUGGCCGUCAAGGUCCGAGUCCGUCGAUGCAUGCGGCUUGGCUACACUGGUCGUUAAACGAUGGUGGGUUGGGUCUUUGCAACCCCUUUUUGGCUAUCUGGAGCACUCGCGAAUCGCUGUACACGUAUCUGAUGGAUUUCCCCACUCGCAGUGGCUGUAAGUGGCCAAAUCUAAAGAAGGACUGGGAGUGGAAGUUGCCGUUCUCGCUUGUUUAUGAGGAGCUCAAGAAGCAGUUCGACCUGUUCGCAGAGCGAUUCGAGUCGGAGGGUUGCGAAUGGUCCAGUGGGAGUGAGCGUUUUGCGUAUCUUAAGAGCUCCAAAUUCCCCGACAAACAGCGCAACUAUGGCCGAAACGAACCAGAGAUCGACGAUAGCUUCACGUUGCGUGAGUUUGACGAGUACGUGAGGCUUCUACCGAACUUGCGCGAUACCAAACUGUCUGCAGAGUUCCUCGUGCUGCUGUCCGAGGCGACCGAGGGCUCUCCGCCCGGCUGUAUGUGGGAGUGGGUGAGAUACAUGUAUGGCGAGCAGGUGAUGGAGGAGUUCGGGACGCUCUCCUUUUUCAGCCGCGAGCUGUUGCCAGCACAGCUAAUCGAGUCGAUCAAGAAGAAAACUGUGACGUGGUAG